AUGAUCGGAAUAACGAUAAUCACAGGAUUCUUAGGAGCAGGGAAGACUACCCUCCUUAAAAAUUUACUUAAAGAUAGUUUAAAAAAUAAAUUAAAGAUUGCAAUAAUACAUAAUGAAUUUACAGAAAAUAAUAAUAAUAUUGAUAAAAUAGUUUUCAAGGAUAUAAAUGAUAUAUAUAAUUUUCCCAAAUCAUUUGAAAGCAAAAAAAAAACAGCAAAUAAUGUAGAUGAUAAAACCGAAACUUUAGAAAUUGUAAACAAAAUCGAAAGCAAAGAUGGAUUUAUAUACGAACUAAACAAUGGUUGUUUAUGCUGUUCAAAUAAAAGCAAUUUUGUAAAAUUAAUAGAAAUGAUUUUAGAAAAAAAAACAGCAUAUGAUUUUAUUUUUGUUGAAGUUUCUGGGGUUUAUGAUAAUGUAGAGAUAAAUAACUUACUAUGGAUAGAUAAAUUAAAUAAAUCGAAAAUAUAUUUGGAUAGUAUAAUUCACAUAAUUGAUUCCUACAAUUUCAUGAGAUACACUAACAGCAAUAUAGCAUAUUAUGACCAUUUAAAGGAAAUUUCAACAAAAGCAAACUCAAUACAAAUAAACCAGGGUAAUGUAUCAGAUCAAGAUCGAAAUAAGGAACUACAAAUAAAUAAGAAAGAAGCAUCUACUAUCAAUGAAUUAGAACCAAUUAAAGAGGACGAUAUAGAGAGUUCGGAUUGCAAACAGCUAAUUGUGUGUGAUGUUAUUAUAAUAAAUAAAAUAGACAAAAUAAACGAUAAAGAAAAAGAAGAUAUAAAAAAUUUUAUUGAAAAUAUAAAUCCAUUAAGUGUAAUACACAUGACAAGCUAUUCAAAUGUCCCAAUUGAAUUAAUAACAAAUUUAAAAUGUUAUGAACAAAAUAAUUUUAAAGGUGCUUUAGUAAAUAUUGCCAAUAAUAACUCAAAUAAAAAACAUAAAAAUGGUGUAUAUCACUAUAACAAUUUUAUAAAUUUUUCAAUUCAGUUUCAACAUGAUAUACCUUAUUUAAUUUAUUUAAGCAAAGAUUUAAAUGAUUUAAAACAAAAGUUUAUAAAUACAAAAAAUUAUGAUUUUUUAAAAAAUAUUAUUUCUUUAAAAAAAAAAAAUAUUUUUUCCUACAAAAAAAUAAAUAAUUUAUUAGCAUCACUUUUGUGGAAUACGGAAAUGAAUAUUUAUAGAGGGAAAGGAAUAUUUGUCGCAUUUAAUGAUGAUAUAUAUACGAAUAAAAAUAAACUUAAAUUGAACAUUUAUUAUUAUCAAAGUGUUGGAGAGUUAUACGAAAUAAAUACUGUCAUGACAGAUAUUCAUUUUUUGUUUCAGAAUUAUUUUGACAAUUUAAAAAAAAGAACCAAUACUCCUUACUCCUCAAAUUGUACUUCAUCAUUUGAUGCAAUAUAUAAUAAAGAAAGUGAUGUAAAUAAUAAAGAAAGUGAUGUAAAUAAUAAAGAAAGUGAUGUAAAUAAUAAAGAAAGUGAUGUAAAUAAUAAAGAAAAUGAUUUAAAUAAUAAAGAAAGCGAUAUAUAUAAUAAAGCCGAUUUAUGCACUUCAGAACAUUCAGUAGAUGCUGAGGAUUAUCUGUCUUGCGAUUCCUCUGAUACUAAUGAUUCUGAAUAUAACAUAUUUAAUAUUUUGAACGAUUCAAACAUUUUUGAGUCAAAUUUUUUAUUUAUAGGUAAAGACAUAAAUAUAGAAAAUUUAAAAAUCCAAUUAAAUGAAUGUCUUAUUAAUACUUAA